AUGCCCCUGUUAGACAACAGCGACACGCCCCUCGGCCGUGUCUAUACCGACUUUCAGCAGAUCGGCCGCCGCCUCAUAGCUCAGGGCACCCACGUCGACCAGAUCGUACCUAUGGGCCGCGUUGAUGUCACACUCCUGUUCCGCCGCCGCCGGCCUGGCGAUCCCGUUAACGCCUCCACCUGGGCCGCAGAGGUGGUCCACAUGUGGCAGGGCAUACUCAACGACCGUGUUCGCCUCGCGUCUGCCCUGACACUGGCCACACUAAUGGGCUGGCUGAUUCAUCCCACGGCCGAGACCUGGGCUCGCAUCCCGCAUUACCAUCGACCGACGCAAUUGUCGAGGCUGAAACCACAUCCCGCCGAGCUCGACCUGUUGCUGGGUGAAGUACGUGACCUGCUCAUCGACUCCUACAAGGACUAUGUCGGCCCUAUGUCGAAAGCGGGGUGGGACUUUCGUCAAGGGCUUUGGGAGAGACCCUUAGAGGAUGCUCUCGAUCGAGAUGCCGAGGAUGGACGAGUCUACAUUCGACCCGAGUUCGCCGCUUUGUGUUAUGAUGUCAACAACUACACUAUGAACAGCAGCGUACUCGACACAUGGCCGACCCUCAAAACUAAGCUGAACAUAUCCGACGACUGA